CGCACAGAUAACGCUUCCCCACGAGUUAGCCGCCCCAGGCCGCAGCGCAGCACGGGUUAAGAAUCCUUCCACCUGUUGGUGCCUGACAGCUCUGUAUAUGGAACGCUCUCCGCCUCCCUGUGUGUAACAUUCCCAGACCAGCGGAGGAAAUAUAAGGGGGCUGCGCCUCUCACGCCGGCUUUUGGCCUUUCUACUGGACUCACAGGGAAACUAUGGCCACAUCUACCCCCAGCCGGGCCCGGGAACAUGCCUCCGCCGCCCAGUCUCCCGGGAGCCCGACCCGCAUCAGUCGCAUGCAAGAGAAGGAGGACUUGCGGCACCUCAAUGAUAGGUUGGCCGCGUACAUCGAGCGUGUGCGAUCUCUGGAGGCGGACAAGUCGCUGCUGAAGAUCCAGCUAGAGGAGAGAGAAGAGGUUUCUAGCCGGGAAGUGACCAACCUCAGGCAGCUUUAUGAAACCGAGUUAGCCGAUGCGCGCAAGCUGCUCGACCAAACGGCCAACGAGAGGGCCAGGCUGCAGGUUGAACUGGGCAAGGUCCGGGAGGAAUACCGGCAACUACAGGCCAGAAAUAGCAAAAAGGAAAAUGAUCUAAGUCUGGCCCAGAAUCAGCUCAGGGACUUAGAAAGUAAACUGAACACCAAAGAAGCCGAGCUUGCAACUGCAUUAAGUGGCAAAAGAGGGUUAGAAGAGCAGCUUCAAGAGCAGAGAGCCCAGAUUGCUGGUCUUGAAUCCUCUUUAAGGGAUACAACCAAACAGCUUCACGAUGAAAUGCUAUGGAGGGUCGACUUGGAGAAUAAAAUGCAGACUAUUCGAGAACAACUGGAUUUCCAAAAGAAUAUUCAUACGCAGGAGGUUAAGGAGAUAAAGAAGCGUCAUGACACAAGGAUUGUAGAAAUAGAUUCGGGCCGGCGGGUAGAAUUUGAAAGCAAACUAGCUGAGGCACUUCAGGAACUAAGGAGAGACCACGAGCAGCAAAUCUUGGAGUACAAGGAGCAUCUGGAGAAGAAUUUCAGUGCAAAGUUGGAGAAUGCACAGCUAGCGGCUGCUAAAAACAGUGAUUAUGCCAGUGCAACCCGGGAAGAGAUCAUGGCCACAAAACUAAGAGUGGAUACUUUAUCAUCCCAGCUGAACCAUUAUCAAAAACAGAAUUCUGCACUGGAGGCUAAAGUGCGAGAUUUACAAGACAUGCUGGAUCGUGCCCAUGACAUGCAUAGGAGGCAGAUGACCGAGAAGGACCGUGAGGUGACAGAAAUAAGGCAAACACUGCAGGGCCAACUGGAGGAAUAUGAACAGUUGCUGGAUGUGAAACUAGCCUUAGAUAUGGAGAUAAAUGCCUACAGGAAGAUGCUAGAAGGCGAGGAGCAGAGGCUAAAGCUGUCACCAAGCCCUUCUCAGAGAAGUACAGUUUCUCGAGCUUCUACAAGUCAAACAAGCCGCCUUUUACGUGGGAAAAAGAGAAAGUUAGACGAAACUGGCAGAUCAGUGACCAAAAGGUCUUAUAAAGUAGUUCAACAGGCCUCUUCCACAGGGCCAGUGUCUGUAGAAGAUAUUGACCCAGAAGGGAACUAUGUCAGGCUGUUGAACAACACAGAAGAGGAUUUUUCUCUGCAUGGAUGGGUUGUUAAGAGAAUGCAUAUGAGCCUUCCAGAAAUUGCAUUUAAACUUCCAUGUCGCUUCAUUUUGAAAUCCAGUCAACGUGUCACUAUCUGGGCUGCUGGUGCUGGUGCUGUACACAGUCCUCCCACCGAUUUGGUCUGGAAAUCUCAGAAGACUUGGGGAACAGGCGAUAAUAUUAAAAUCACUCUCCUUGAUUCCACUGGUGAAGAAUGCGCAGAGCGAACCCUUUAUAGAGUCAUUGGAGAAGAGGGUGAAACGGAUGAAGAUUUUGUAGAGGAAGAGGAGUUAGAACGGCAGUUCCGUUCCCAGACAAAAAGAAGAAAAAAGAAAUGUUGUUCAGUUUCAUAAUGGCUUACUAGCAUCAAACUUGUAGUAAGCUACCGCAGUCUCACCAAUCAGUGGAUCCCAGCUGUUCCAUCAUGUAAUUAAAGCUGAGAAAUUCAAAGGAAAAUCAUGGAGGUUUCCAGAAUCUCCCACUUCUACUGGAAUAUUUGGAUUGAGUUUAAUCUUUUUGCUAUCCACCGGAGAACAUUUUGGUGGGCAUUUCUUUCCCUCAGAGCCUGAUGACUUAAGAACCGAUGAAGGAAAUAACGUGCUUUAAUUUCAAGACUGUUGAAGACUGUUGAAACCCAUACACUGUACAUUCUUCAAUUAAAUGUUUUUUUUCAUCUGUAAAAGGUACUAGCUUGGUACUUCCUAUGUGAAAGGGGCAGGGAAUAUUUGUUUCUAAAACACAAUUUAACAGUUAAUGGAAAUGAUUCCUCCCUGCAUCCUUCUCCAGAUACUGAACUACAACUUGCAACACCCCUGACUGUCUUAAGACAUGGAUUGGAUGUUGGGAGUUGUAGAUAAAGACCCAGGAGGCUGCUGGUUGCCUAUGCCUGCUGUAGCUCUUUGCCUUUAUGCAUAUGCUCUGACUGGGGUUUUCUCCCCUUUAAAGCCUGAUGCAUAUUAACUACAUGCCAUCUGCGGCUGUUACUAGCCAUUCAGCAUGUGGUUUAAUGUGCUUGGUGGUCAGAUGCAUAAGGUGGCAAAGCAGCUCCAAUAUUGCUGAUCUUUCUGAAAGGGGAAAAGCAGUCGUUUACUAACAGCCACAUGCCAUUUAAUACAGCCUUCAAUGCAAGCGGUUAAAUGAAAGGAAACUGGACCCCCUAACUUGCUAAAAAUCCUGAUUGAGUAGUCAGAAUGCAUGUUCUUUAAAGGCAAGACAAAAGUGUACCUCAUUAUCUCUAUACUGUCUAUCUGUAGAUGCUACAAAGCUCUUUCCUAUAAGAACAACUUUAUUUAAGCUAUAUCAUGCCUUGACCUCUGACAACGCUAUUCAGGACAGAUUGUGAGACCAAUGGAGAAUUGAGCUCAAGAUCCAGCAUGGAGCAUAAUCAAGGCAGGUAUUGGGUAACUCGUGUCUGCCUUAAAUCAAAACUGGACCUGAUCAUGUCUCGUGGUACUUCCUCCAUCAGACCAGAGUUGUGAUUUAGUUGUGCCACCCUCAUUGUACAUUAUUCAAUUCCAUUCUAAUACCUCUUGGGCUUAAUAAAAACCUGUAGACUCACUCCACUCCUUGCAAGCUUUAUAUUUAUAGAUACGUUUUCUGUUACUGAAAGUUAAAAAAGAAUAAGGAAAAAAUAAACAUUUAUUUUAUAAACUUUGUAAGCUAAGAACGCACAACUUAAAGCAUUUUGUAAAAUUGAGUGUGUUCCCACAGAUUGCUGUGAGUGAGCUCACUGGCAGCUAUUGUUUGCCUUUGUGUUACUGUAGCAUGUGUUUGUUUGGGUGUAAUAAGUUUUGUGGUUUUAUGUGCACUUAGUAACAGUUAUUAGCUACAAAACCGGGCAAUUCUAAUGCUCCGAGACAUGAUCUGCAUGUCAUGGGCUGGAUAUUUAUUUGAACCCCCAAAGCAUUCCCUUAUGGAUAUUGACGGUCAUGGGUCCCUGCUGAGAGUUUUAGUUUAGCAAUAGCUGCAGAGCCAUGAGUUGCUCAUUCCUAGACUAGUGUGAAAUAUUCAUUUUUUUUUUUUAUAAAGUAAAAAAGCACAGUGGUUUUUUGAAGGAAAAUAAAUAGAGGCAGGUGCAAGUCACUGAUUUUGCCGUAUACUAUAGAAAGGGGAAACGGCUGAUACCCUGUUCUUUCAGUUUACUCCGUAUUUGAUAAAUGUUUUAGUUCAAACCAGUGUUUGUAGUGAGUUUUAUUUUUAAUUGUAAGCUAGAGGCAAGGGAAAAGGGGGAUUUUUUGUUUGGGAAAUGGCUCCAUUAAACCAUCAUUUAAUUCCGUUUAAAAGGCACCAGGCAGUGAUCAUGCAACUAAAGCCUGUAAGAAAGUUUCAUUUUAAUACUAUUUAUGGCAUUUGUCUGCUGUGAUGAUUCCCUUGGCAGUCAGUCCCCGUAUGCCACUUAAAAUAGAACACUCCUUUACUCAACGUUCCAGUUUCCACCAGUGCAGCUCUUCAUAUUACUUGGGCAGUGGUGUAGAUGGGCAGGUACACCAGUAAAGGCCAAGGGCAGACGGAGCUUCCACUCCACCACACUCGCAGCCUGCGUAUCUUCUCAGGCUGAGCAAAGCGGAUCUGCUCCAUGCCCCAGCUCUAUACACCUGAACCACUUCUGCUUGCAUGCAGUCACAGCCAGUGGAAUAGCGUUCAACCAAAAGAACGCAAAAGCAGGCAUAUUCAGGCCGACCUCUGCUCCACUUCAUGCAAGCAGAUCUUAUUCAAAUCAAUGAAGAUCAAGUGGAUCCGCUUUUUUCAGCCUGACAAAAAUGCACAGAAUGAGAGCAGUGGAGCCAACGAUCUGUCUGCCUAUGGGCUAAGUCCAGGGGAUGGAUGAUGCAAGAGGAGGUCUGUGCCAAAGGAACAUGGCAAAUAAUAUGGGGGGUAAAGCAGCUGGUUAUAGAAUGAGGUACAGGAGCUUUGCACCAUAAGAUCUAUUAACAUAACUACUUUAUUAGAAUGUAUUUUAGUUCCCCUUUAAUGCCACAUUUCUUAUAAUAUAUAGUGUUGACGUUCAGUUUGUGUGCCAAUAAUGACGAUUAUCAUAUUUAUAAAAAUCCUUUCUCUAAAAUUGAGUGGCUUUGGCCGCACUGGUAGUACCACCAAUGUAGUUGUAGCAGUGCUACUCGGUCAUGGCUUGAGGUUUACUGUUCAGCAAGAUAUGCAGCACACCGCCUCUAGCAGAUAAGGUACAAUGUCUAGCUCAGUAGUAACUGGAAUCCAUUGUGGCUUCUCUACCCAAGAUAAUGUUAAAAUAUAAUGUGACCAUGUCCAAUGUUACAAAACAUCUCGUAGGCCAAGUCCACCUAAAUGUGUUAGAAUAAACCUGUAAUUUAUACUGUGACUUACUUAAGGUGUGCACGGUAGCCACAACAGACCAAUGUGAAGCCUAUUUUGUUUAUUUUAUAUCUACAAAUAAAGAGAUUUUCUAUAAAA